CCGAUGAUUCGUCUGCCCGAGCCAGCAAACAUUGCUGGAACCUUUCCUUUAUCUUAGCAUGAAGAUGCUCUUGGCCGUUUAGUCAUCUAUACCAUCCGUAGUUCAUUCCAAAGCCCCGUUAUUGUCAAUAAUUGCGUUGGACCGGGGCCACACACUGCUCAUCAUUGUCAGAAAUUCCGGCCAACUUAUCAAGCACAUGCGUUGCAGUCUCACCUGAGGAUUGCGCAUUUCACCUGUGGCAUAGAUCUAUAGAGAAGGACACCUCAUGAGGCAGGUAUAACGCAUCUCAGGUACCCCAAUCGCCCCGCUGGGAUCAUGUCGACGCCUGGAUCAGAGGGCAAAAAGCCGAGCUGGCACCGUAAACUGUCUGCUCCUGCUCGACCUAAUCUACCGACUUUACCUACACUGCCUAAUCUCAGUACUAUCAACCUGCCCAGCGCGAACGGACUCCGACAGGCCUUGUUGGGGUAUAUAGGAGAGGUGGAGACGACAUUGAGGAGAAGACGCGGUAAUGGAACGGUGGAUCAAGGCUUAGCAGGUCCGAGCGGAGAAUCUUCGAAGAGCUCCGCUGUUGAUGCUGGUAUCAUUGGACAAGAGAGCAGCUGGAGUUCUGGUUCGAACGCGGGACAUGGCAACAACGGUGCGGAGGGCUUCCCCGGAGACGCUCAUGCUGGACCCUCGAGCCAUUCACCUCUUCAAGGCGAACAUCAUGUCAACCACGCCCGAGACUUUGGCGAUACUUCUCCGACAUCUGAAGAAUGGCACGACGCAGAUCUCGAGCUUAUGGACCAUCUCGAAUCCCUCAAGGAAGAUGUCGGGGUCUAUCUCGCUUCUGGAACCAGCACAGGGCCUUCGACCUCAUCUCGCCCGAUGCCUAAGAGGACUGGCACAGAAUGGAUGCGAAGUCUACCUUCCCGCCUGAGACAAGUUGAAGAAUACAUGGCACCUCUCGCAUCCAACUCCGACGCGCCCAGUCGGACGAACAGUCUUAGGGGAGGCCACGGACAUCGACACGCUUCGCCUGGAACCGAAGAGAUUCAGCACGAUGACCCGGCCUAUAGAGCUCUGAGGGAGGCUAGGAAACGCUUGAUACAGUUUGUCAAGUCUGGUUUACCUUCCGACCAAUGGCCAGGAUGGGAAAAAUUAGGAUGGGAGGAGCAGUCUGAGGAUGGGCGUGAAGGAUCAUUUGACGAUGAUGCAAGUCGAUCUCGAAGUCCUGGCGGAACCUUACUGGUCCAAGUGGAAAGACCUGAAGAGGAAGAACCGGAGUACAUCUUCCCCAACAGGACGCCCGCAGCCAAGAGGACCAACACCAGUACUCGUGCCUCUCGUUCUCAAUCUUUCCAUGUCCCGUCGUUGCAGACAUUGACCAGCAGACCAGUCAAGCUCAGAUCGAUGUCGUCUCCUGGUCCUAUGGAUAUACCGGUUUCCCUGGCUGUCGCGCUGUCACGAGACACCGAUGAGGUCGAACUGCUGAAGUCUGACGAUCUGGAUGACGCCGAAGAGACGGAAGACACCGGGGAGAUCUUGGUUUUGAAAGAGCUCGCGGCGGGGUACGAUCCUCUACAAGGUGAACCAACGGUGAAGCAAGCUCUGGACAAAGCUCAAGACGGUACCGUCUUGAUCGAGUAUGAAGAUUUACCAGUCGUUUGGAGGAACAAUGAGCAUAUCAUCACGGGAUACCGCUUUAUUCCCCUUCAUGCAAAGACAGGGCCUAUCCCUCUGCUCAAGUCUGCUUUCGCGUGGCACAACGAGACCGUAAACAUUCAUUCUCACUUCAUCCCCACUAUCUUAUUCUCCAUCUUCAUCGCGGCUGUCCUGCUUUCCCCGCCUUUGCCAGACGCUUAUCCUCUCGACUCCGCCACCGUGGUCAUCUACCUAUUGGCUGCUGUUGCAUGUCUCAUCUCCUCGGCUUCGUGGCACGUCUUGAGCGGAUGUGCUUCCAGAAAGUGGUUUGAAUGGGGAGCCUGUGUUGAUUACAUCGGAAUAGCAUGGCUCAUCGAAGCAUCCAUAUUUGUCAUCACUUAUAAUGCCUUUUACUGUCAUCCAAAGACUGUCGCAUUCUACGGCAUAAUCGAUAUCAUCUGCGGGACUCUUGGAUCCGUCUUGCCAUUCCAAGCGUGGUUCAACAAGCGCAAGAACAAGAAAUGGCGCAUCACAUUCUUCCUCUUCCUUUGCUUCACCUUCCUCGGCCCUUUGGGACAGAUGGUCUACCUGUAUGGAUACGGUCCAAGCAUAGGCUUCAUUCGACCAUUCUUCGGAUCCGUUGUGGCCUAUGUCGUGGGCCUUCUCUGUUAUGGGUUUCACUUUCCAGAGUGCCUCAUGCCGGGCAAAUUUGACCAUCUCGGACACAGUCAUCAGCUAUGGCACGUCGCUAUUGUCGCCGCUAUCCUUCUACAUUACCAAGGUAUCUUUGCCGCUCACGGAGCGCGUCACAGCUUGUCGUGUGCCAUCCCAGACGCUGGACCUCCACUGGGGAAAUUCGUGGAAGCGUGGUGGAGAACAUUGGGUCAAUCGUAGCUGUUAUCAUAAAGAUAAGGUAGUCAUCAGAAUCAAAGACAUCAACUGCAUCGUACGGCUAGACCUAGCACAAUCGCAUAUGCAUCUGCUCUGCUAUGGCAAGGCGACUCGAAGUGAGUGGCAGGACAACUCUUCGGUCUCGGCUAUGAUUGAUGACGCUUUGGAUCCGGAGAGCAAGCAGUUCCGCCAAUCACGAGACAGGGUCCUACAUUGACAAUU